AAUUCCCUCCUAGGUUUGUUAUGAUCCAUUUGACACACGAACACACACAUACACUACACUCUCCCUAGCUAUCUUUUUCCAAAUUCUGAUCACAGAUCAAUUACUCUUGAUCGCCCAUUUAUUACUUCUUCAUUUUAAACCCUCUUUUCGUUUAAUUAACGUGGCAAGGAGUGAUAUAUACGAUGCUGCCGUGCUUGUUCCCGGCGUAUGGUAGCGUCGUAGCCUGCAAACCUUCCGCGAUCGAUCGGUCGCCUUUUGGAUUGUUGUCCCAGCCCAAACAAACUAAUAGGACUCUUAUUCGUCGUCCUAAGGUUACUAAAGCAUUCAUGGCGAUCGAGGCCAUGCGGCACUGCAGCAGCAGCAGCAGCAGCGAGGAAGGAGGAGCGGCGGCGACGACGGCGGCCAGAUCAGCAGUACGGGAGCGCCUCCAAUUAGCGCCGCCGUCGCCGUCGCCGUCGCCGUACGACACGGCGUGGGUGGCCAUGGUGCCGGCCCUCCGCCGUGGCGGCGGCGGCCCGCGGUUCCCGCAGUGCGUCGCGUGGAUCCAGCGGAACCAGCGGGGCGACGGGUCAUGGCGCCACGCGGCGGCGGCGCACCAGCAGCUCGGCUCCUCGCCGGAGAUCGUCACCGAGCGCGACCUCUCGUCCACCCUCGCCUGCGUCCUCGCGCUCGCGCGAUGGGACGCCGGCAGUGAGCACGUCAGGAGAGGGCUGCAGUUUAUCGGGAGGAACAUGUCGGUCGCCAUGGACGAUCAGACGGCUGCUCCGGCGUCUGGUUCCGUCGUCAGUUUCGCAGCGAUGCUCCGGAUGGCGAUGGAGAUGGGUUUGGAGGUUCCUGCCGUCAGCCAAGCUGACGUCCGCGACAGAGAUGCUGGGGUGAUCUGCCACGGUGGAAGAACAGAAUAUACGGCUUAUGUCUCAGAAGGAUUAGGCAAUAUUCAGAACUGGAAUGAAGUGAUGAAAUUCCAAAGAAAGAAUGGCUCACUGUUCAACUCCCCUUACACAACUGCAGCUGCAUUAGUCCACAACUAUGAUGCCAAAGCUCUCCAGUACUUAGACAUGCUUCUGGACAAAUUUGGAAGUGCAGUGCCAGCGGCCUAUCCUGCAAAUAUUCAGUCUCAGCUCUACAUGGUGGAUGUGCUUGAAAAGAUGGGAAUAUCUAGGCAUUUUGUUGGUGAGAUAAAGAGCAUACUGGACAUGACCUACAGUUGCUGGAAACAGAGGGAUGAGGAAAUUGUGCUUGACAUGCAAACAUGUGGGAUGGCAUUUCGUAUGUUGCGUAUGAAUGGAUAUGAUGUUUCUUCAGAUGAGCUAUCUCAUUUUUCUGAACCUUCAAGUUUCCACAAUUCACUUCAAGGAUAUCUGAAUGAUACAAGAUCUUUAUUAGAAUUACAUAAGGCUUCAAAAGUCAGUAUCGCAGAAAAGGAGGUGAUCCUAGAUAAUAUAGGCUCCUGGACAGGUUGCUUAUUGAAGGAACAAUUGUUAUCCAGUGCAAUGAAAAGAAAUCCACUCUCUGAAGAGGUUGAAUAUGCUCUUGAAUUUCCCUUCUAUACCAUCUUGGAUCGUCUAGACCAUAAAAGAAAUAUCGAACAUUUUGACAUUACAAGCAGUCAGAUGCUAGAAACAGCGUACUUGCCAUGUCAUUCCAAUGAAGAAAUCAUGGCCUUGGGUGUGAGAGAUUUUAGUAGCUCUCAGUUUAUUUUCCAAGAAGAGCUGCAGCAACUCAACAGCUGGGUGAAAGAGAGCAGGUUGGAUCAGCUGCAAUUCGCACGGCAGAAGUUGGACUACUUCUAUUUCUCUGCUGCUGCUACCAUUUUCACUCCUGAACUGUCAGAUGUUCGCAUUUUGUGGGCCAAAAAUGGCGUGCUGACAACGGUCGUCGACGACUUCUUCGACGUUGGAGGAUCAAAAGAAGAACUGGAAAACCUCGUCGCAUUAGUUGAGAAGUGGGACAAGAAUGACAAAACUGAGUACUACUCUGAACAAGUAGAGAUUGUGUUCUCUGCAAUUUAUACUUCAACUAACCAGCUUGGAUCAAUGGCCUCUGUAGUACAAGGCCGUGAUGUCACCAAACACCUUGUAGAAAUAUGGCAAGAAUUGCUGAGGUCUAUGAUGACAGAGGUAGAGUGGAGGCAGAGCCGGUAUGUGCCAACAGCAGAGGAAUACAUGGAAAAUGCAGUUGUGACAUUUGCACUGGGACCCGUUGUGCUCCCAGCAUUGUAUCUUGUUGGACCAAAGAUCCCUGAUUCUGUCAUAAGAAGCCAAGAAUGCAGCGAGUUGUUCCGGCUAAUGAGCAAAUGUGGCCGUCUCCUGAAUGAUGUCCAAUCCUACGAGAGAGAGGGCAGCCAGGGCAAGCUGAACAGCGUCUCUCUGCUUGCCCUCCACAGUGGAGGCUCUGUCUCCAUGGAAGAGGCUGUGAAGCAGAUUCAGAGACCCAUCGAGAAAUGCAGGAGAGAGUUGCUGAAGCUGGUCGUCAGCAGAGGAGGCGCCGUUCCAAGGCCAUGCAGGGAGCUGUUCUGGAGCAUGUGCAAGGUCUGCCACUUCUUCUACUCCGGCGGCGACGGGUUCAGCUCGCCGACGGCGAAGGCCGGCGCGUUGGACGCGGUGAUCCACGAGCCGCUGAAUCUGUCUUGUUCUGUGUGACUAACUAACGACAGAGGCUGGAAAUGCAGUCAAACUUCUGUAAUCCUAAAAGGAAAGAAUUGAUCUUGACAUCAAAGAUAAUGUCAAGUUAGCAUAUAUUAUGUAGAGAUUCGUUGUGUUGGCGUGAAUAUCAAGUUAGCAUAUUAUGUCUCAAAUAAUUGGGCAAAGAGAGCUUGAAAAAGCUAAAGAGGAAAAAGGCGAGAGAGGAGUGACUAGUGCUAGUAUAAUACUCCACAUGUGAAGGAAUCACCUUUUUGCAC